UUUUAGAAACAGUCCAGUUGCAAUCACACAGAACCAGGUACCUACACGCACACACGUCAGUUAAAUAUUUGUUUUUUGUUCUAUUUUUUAAAUAUAAAUAGUCCAAAUUUUAUUGGUGGUCCUUAGAGGCGUCUCCUUCUAUUCAUGUAUUAAAUAUAAUGUGGAUGCAAAUAGGCAGUCGUGCUUUUACAUCUGGAGCCAAUAAGAGAAUACGAAGACGCGAAGAUGGCCAAGGAGAGGAUCGUUCCCUGUCCCAGAUUCCCUCCAGUUCCAGCAACAAUGUCUUCCUGGCGAAUCCCUCGAUGAACGAACUGAUGCAAACCAUUCACCACACUGCCGCCUCCAAGGACGAUCAACAAGGUGUGGUGGUCCUGGGAUCUCGUCAUGGCAUCCUGGAUCUGUCUGACUUUGAUGCGGAUCCCGAUGAGGAGGAAAUGGAUGAGAUGAAUAAAGAUUGUUUGGAAAUUAUUCAUUUGCAACUCGCUUAUGAAAUGCUACCCCCUGACGAGUGCCACAGGACAUCGGAUCACCUGCAAGGCAAUAAGGACUCCAAGGAUAAUGAAAUCGAGCUGCAUCGGAGCCUAUCGGUAGAUGGCUUCAGCUACGCCCAUCGUAGCCUACAGGACACGUCGGACCGUCUGCUGUGGGAGGUGCACUCCGAGGGUACUCUGAUUCAAUUGCCAGGAAUCGAUUCCACGCUCUCCGAACAGAUGGUGCUCCUGAAGCCGGUUUGUGAGGAAGUCUUGUGGCAAUCGGAGAUCUUGUCCGGCCACCGGAUGUGUUUCGAUCAGGGGGACUCCGACUCCAGUAGUAUUUGUAGUCUCAUAGCCAAUGGGGGGAAGUAUAUCAAUUCCCUCAUACCAUCCGCUCCGCUUUCUUCAACUUUGCCUUCCAGUCGGGACUUGACGAAGGAGCCAGACCAAAAAUCAGAAGGACACUUGUAUUGGAUAAAUCUGGCCCACAUACUCAUGGUAAUUGCGUGCCUGCGUGGCGUGUUUUAGGAGAAAAAUAUUCACAGACAAGGAUGAUUUUAAUAAUUCAGAAAACUCUGCAACAAAAGGAGAAUAUUUUAAAGUUUUUACCAGAAGUUAAAGAACGACGCAAACACGAAUAACCAAGCAUGGUUAAGAUGUCCUUAAAUCGAAAUAUGUAUUUCCAAAAUCUAUCUUAAAUUUUACAAAAAAAAUACGAUUUUUCUUAUUUUUAAUCUUGAGAAAA